UUGUGAUAAACUGUUGUCAUUGCGACUGGUGAGCACGUGUGGAGAGAUCUAGAUAUGUACAAUAUAGCUGUGCGUGAUUGUGUGUCAUAGAAUCAAGUUGUUAGCAGACGAGCGCGCAAGAAUACACUUAUGACGUCAGUGUUGACCGGCUCACUACUUCGCCAUCUUGCGAGAGCCCAGUCAUUAAGAAAACCUGCCACAGCCCUAGUAGGUCACUCAUUCUCAACGGACAUGUCAUACAGAGAUAGAAUGUUCGACUCAUCGGGUAGAUCAGACAGGAAAGGGUUUGGUGGCAGAUCUGAUCGAGGAGGCGGAUCUCGUUUUGGAGGUAGAGAUAGUGGUCGAGGUGGUGGAAGUUUUGACAGAUAUGGAUCUGGUGGUGGUAUGGGUCGAGGUGGUAGCAGGCCAUCCCUCAAAGGUAUCCAACCUGGUGAAAGACUGAGGAAACCCAGAUGGGAUAUGGAAAGGCUCCCCAAGAUUGAAAAGAAUUUCUACAGGGAACAUCCAAAUGUAGUGAAUCGAUCACCUGAAGAACUACAGGCUUUCUACAAUGAGAAUCAGAUCACUAUUAGGGGACGAGAUGUACCAAAGGCAAUCCUUGCUUUUGAUGAGGCAAACAUUCCAGACUAUGUUAUGCACCAAAUCAGAAGGAACAACUGGCAAAAACCAACCCCAAUUCAGAGUAUGGGUUGGCCAGUCGCUCUUUCGGGCAGAGAUUGUGUUGGAAUUGCACAGACAGGAUCCGGCAAGACACUAGGGUUUAUCCUGCCAGCUAUCAUCCACAUUACAAAUCAACCCUACCUCGAACCUGGGGAUGGACCAAUUUGUUUGGUGCUGGUUCCAACAAGAGAGUUAGCCCAGCAGGUUCAAGAAGUAGCCAAUGAAUUUGGCCAUGCAUCCAAGGUUCGCAACUGCUGUGUGUAUGGUGGCGCUCCAAAGGGACCACAGAUCAGAGAUCUAGAAAGAGGAGCUGAAAUCUGCAUAGCAACUCCUGGAAGAUUGAUUGACUUCCUUGAAGCUGGAAAGACUAACCUGAGACGAACAACAUACAUGGUCCUUGAUGAAGCAGACAGAAUGUUGGACAUGGGCUUUGAGCCACAGAUCAGAAAAAUCAUUGAACAAGUUCGACCAGACAGACAGACCCUCAUGUGGAGUGCCACAUGGCCCAAAGAAGUGCGAAAGCUGGCAGAGGACUUCCUGAAGGACUACUGUCAAGUUAAUAUAGGAGCUUUGCAGCUUAGUGCUAACCACAACAUCUUGCAGAUAAUUGACGUGUGCCAAGAAUAUGAGAAGGAGAACAAACUUGUGAAACUCCUUGAAGGCAUCAUGCAGGAGCGGGACAACAAGACUCUCAUAUUCAUGGAGACCAAGAGGAAAUGUGAUGACUUAUCUCGACGGAUGAAGAGAGAUGGUUGGCCUGUCAUGGCAAUCCAUGGAGAUAAAUCUCAGCAAGAGAGAGACUGGGUUCUGAAUGAAUUCAGAACUGGAAAAACACCACUUCUCAUUGCCACAGACGUUGCCUCCCGUGGCUUAGAUGUGGAAGACAUUAAAUUUGUGAUAAACUUUGACUACCCUGCCUGCUCUGAGGACUAUGUACAUCGCAUUGGCCGGACAGGCCGCAGCAACAACACUGGCACUGCCUACACAUUCUUCACACCUAGCAAUAGCAAGCAGGUGAACGACCUGGUCUCCGUGCUCCGGGAAGCCAACCAGAACAUCAACCCAAAACUACUUCAGUUGGCCGAGUCAAACCGAGGGAGCAUGGGAAAAGGUCGAAGCAGGUGGAAGGGUAGAGAUGACAGAAGUGGUCGUGACAGCCGUGGAAGCUACAGAGAUCAUGAUAGCUAUGGCAGUCGAGAUAGAGGACGUGGUGGUUCAGGUUAUGGGGGAUCAAGUUAUGGGGAUAGUUACGGGGGUGGCAGCAUGGGAGGUGGUAGCAGUCAGGGUGGGUUUGGUCAGGCAUCGCGAGAUAGUUCAAGUGGGUCCAGGGGAGGAUACUCAAAUAGUUCAAGUAGGGGUGGGUUCAGUCAAAGAACUGAAAGCAGGUUUUCAGGUCAAAGCCAAGCUGGAGCGGCACCAAAGAACAAUUUCAAUCAGGGGGCUUCAAGAGGGGGAAUGGCACCCAAACCACAGUCAGUAGUGCAGCAGCCUCAAUAUGGACAACCGAGGCAGCCACAUAUGAAUGGUUAUGGUGGAGCUGGUGCUGCAGGAGCAGCUGCAACACCAUCUGCAGCUCCAGCAGCAGCACCUAAACCUCCACAGUCACAGCAACAGCCACAACAGGGAGGACCAGGAAAAAUGCAGGAUUUGCAGAACAUGGCCUUUAUGUAUAGCCAGUGGAUGCAGCAUUCCACUGGUGCACCACCACCUCCCCCAUCUGGCCCUGUGGCACCCCCUCCCCCUCCCCCACCUGGUUACUAGAUAAAGCGAAAGCAGUCUUCUCGGUCCACUGUUUUCUUUAAUUUAUAGUAAUUGAAGAUUAUCAAUGCUCUGGUGGCAAUGGAUCCAUAUGUAAAGUAUACAUUGUUUUAGUUCAUUCAUUUUUACUCAUUUUAUUUCAUUGUCUUUUGUGUUCUCUAUUGUACUUCAGCAUUGUUAAGAUGUGCUUGGAAACCUAAUAUGAAUAAAAAAGAUGUACAUUGAA